CCACUUCCUCCUCCCUGAUCAUCACUAUUUUCUCUUCCCCCUGGCUUCCUGUUGGGGCUUCCUCUCAGUCCUGUGACACUGAGACCCUGACAGUUACUCCAGAAAUGCUGCUGCUGCUGCUGCUGCUGGCCCUGCUGUGGGCAGGGUCCCUGGCUCAGCAUCAAGAAUUCCAGCUGCAAGUGCAGGGGUCCGUGAGGGUGCAGGAAGGCCAGUGCAUCUUCGUGCCCUGCACUGUGAUCUACCCCAAUAAAGGUUGGAAUGAGUCUGACCCAGCUCAUGGCUACUGGUUCCUGGAAGGGGCCAAGACAAACACGGAUCCUCCUGUGGCCACAAACAACCCCAACUGUAAAGUGAGGAAUGAGACCAGGGACCGAUUCCACCUCAUUGGGGACCCCCGGACCUCCAACUGCUCCCUGCACAUCAGAGAUGCACAGAAAAGGGACACAGGGAGAUACUUCUUUAGAGUAGAGCGAGGGUCCUAUGUGAAAGAGAAUUACAAAAAAAACAUGCUGUCUGUACAUGUGACAGAUCUGGUACCUGACAUCCACAUCCAGGGGACACUGGUGUCUGGCCACCCCAACAACAUUACCUGUACAAUGUCAUGGGCCUGUGACAGAGAGACCCCACCCAUGUUCUCCUGGAUGGGGCCCAACCUCAUGCCCCUGGGUCCCUGGACUCCCAACUCCUCAGUGCUCACCUUCACACCAGGGCCCCAGGACCACCGCACCAACCUCACCUGUCAGGUGUCUUUGGAGGGUGGCCAGGAAGGGCAGAGGACCAUCCAGCUCAAUGUGACCUAUGUGAUCCAGAACCUAACCAUCAUGUCCUGGCAAGAAGGCACAGGAUAUCAAGUUCUGUCCAAUGGCUCAUCUCUCCAAGUCCAGGAGGGCAACUACCUGUGCCUGGUGUGUAAAGCCGACAGCAACCCACCUGCUCACAUGAGGUGGACCCGGGGCAGCCUGACCCUCGAGUCCAUAGACCCAGGGGUCUUGAAGCUGCCCCAGGUGCAACUGGAGGACCAUGGGAAAUACAUCUGCCGAGCUCAGCAGCAUGAGUCAGCCUCUCUGGAAGCCUCUGUUACCCUCAGUGUGAAGAACCCCCCACAGCUGCAGGGACCCUUCUGCUCCUGGGAGGACCAGGGUCUCCACUGCAGCUGCUCCUCCCAAACCCAGCCACCCCCCUCAGUGAGCUGGCGGCUGGGGGAGGGGCUGCUGGAGGGCAACCACAGCAAUGUCUCCCAUAAGGUCACCUUCCACUCAGCAAAGCCCUGGGCCAACAGCUCCCUGAGUGUACAUGGGGAGCUUACUUCCAACCUCAGGCUGGGAUGUGAGGCCCAGAAUGCCCACGGGAAAGAAACAGUGACUGUCCUGCUGCUACCAGGGAGACCAGGAUAUAGGACAGGAGUAAUUCAGGGGGCUGUUGGGGGAGCUGGUGCCACAGGCCUGCUGGCUGUCUGCCUCGGCCUCAUCACACUGAGGAUCUUCAGGAAGAAAUGGACAGAGAAGGCAGAGAGCCAGGAAGGCAUCUCCCAGGGUCACCUGAAUGUACCCUCCUCCCACCAGCUGCCCCCAGCGCUGGCCACCUCCCCCUCAGAGUAUGAGCUCCACUACGCUGCUCUCAGUUUCCACAACAUGAAACCACACAACCCUCAGGCCCAGGAGACCCUGUACUCUGAGGUCAAGAUCCAGAAAUCCUGUGACACUGAGACCCUGACACUCACCCCAGAGAUGCUGCUGCUGCUGCUGCUGCUGGCCCUGCUGUGGGCAGGGUCCCUGGCUCAGGAUGCAAGAUUCCAGCUGCAAGUGCAGGGGUCCAUGACGUUGCAGGACGGCCAGUGUGUCUUUGUGCCCUGCACUGUGAUCUACCCCAAUAAAAGCUGGACUGAGUCUGACCCAGCUCAUGGCUACUGGUUUUUGGAAGGGGCCAACACAAACACGGAUCCUCCUGUGGCCACAAACAACCCCAACUGUGAAUGCUCACCCUCAGCCCCAGGGCCCCAGCACCAUGGCACCAACCUCACCUGUCGGGUGGCCUUGCCAGGUGGUCAGAUCAAGGAGAAGACAAUCCAGCUCAAUGUGACCUGGGCCCUGAAGCUGCCCCAGGUAGAACUGGAGGACCAUGGGAAAUAUAUCUGCCGAGCUCAGCAGCAUGAGUCAGCCUCUCUGGAAGCCUCUGUGGCCCUCAGUGUGAAGACCCAGCUGGUCCCCUCCCUGCGCUGGGGGCUGGGGAAGGUGCUGCUGGAGGGGAACCCCAGCAAUGCCUCCCACACGGUCACCUUCCACUCAGCAGAGCCCUGGGCCAACAGCUCCCUGAGCAUCUAUGGGGACCUUACGUCCAACCUCAGGCUGGAAUGUGAGGCCCAGAGUGACCACGGGAAAGAGACAGUGACUGUCCUGCUGCUGCCAGGGAGACCAGGACAAAGGACAGAAGUGACUCAGGGGGUUGUCGGGGGAGCUGGUGCCACAGCCCUGCUGGCUGUCUGCCUCGGCCUCAUCAUACUGAGGAUCUGCAGGAAGAAAUGGGCAGAGAAAGCAGAGAGCCAGAAAGAUAUCUCGCAGGGUCGCCUGAAUGCACCCUCCUCCCACCACCUGCCCCCAGCGCCGGUCACCUCCCCCUCAGAGCAUGAGCUCCACUAUGCUGCUCUCAGUUUCCACAACAUGAAACCACACAACCCUCAAGCCCAGGAGACCCUGUACUCUCAGGUCAAGAUCCGGAAAUGA